AGUGUCGGGUCGCGUCCCAAAGAGGCCGCUUCCCGUGCCGCGACACCGUACCGCGAGGCUUGCCGCGCCUGCGCACUCACAUCCACUAUAUCUCAAACAAAACAUUGUUAUCCCGUUUCCAUCUGACCGUUGCAAACGCUCACCCUUCGAUACGAUCACGUCUUGUGACUUGUUGUGAUUUUAUUAAUUUUCGCACCAAACAAUCCGUGAAAAUGGACCCGCGAACGGAAUGGAGCGUACAAUUACAGUGUGUUUAUAUAUCUCUACGUUUACAGUGAUAAUAAGUGAUAGUGAUCGACAUUUGAGUGAUAACCACCGCUCACGGACAUUUAAGGAUCGAGAAUCGAAGAUAGCUACAACGGAGUUUGGAAUACAAUGCUAAGAGUGGAUGAGGACGAGAUCUAGUUGUUGACUGUUGCGAUGCGGAUAUCGGUGUGGACUCAUAGUGCGUGUUUAUAAAAGCGAUGCAUGGUUUGUGAGGCCUUGGCGGUCAUGGACAUGAGUGGCGAGGGCGGCGCGGGGGCCGGCGCGGGCGCGGGCGCUCUGCAGCAGCGCUGGUACGAUGGCCGCGUCAACGGCAGCCCGGCCGCCGGCGACGUGGGCGAUGCCAAUGCCGACGGCUUCUUCCACUCGCCGCUAGAGGGUGGACACCACAGCCGCGCGCGGUACUACCACCAGCAAAUGCACGCCCCAUACUCCGCCGCUGUCGGAUCGCACGGUCGAACGUUAAGCGGCGGCAGCGGGCAGGUGUGCCGGCCGCACUUUCAUACGCCGCUGCACCCCUGGCUGGACUCGAAGGCACUGGGCGGUGGCGCGUGGGGAGGCGGCUUCCAGCAGGACGGCGCGCAAGCCGACAAGCCACUCUCUCCCGCGCAGCACCACCAUCCACACCCGCUCUUCUCCUUCCCUCCCACUCCCCCCAAGGAUUCGACGCCGGACUCGGUGGCGGCUGCAGCGCUGGGCCAACAGGACUACCAGGCAGCCGUGGCGCACGCAACCGCCAUGAGCGUGGCCUUCAUGCAGCAGCAGCAGGAGCUGCCGCUGUGCGGGGACGUCAAGCCCAUGAUGGGCGCGCCGCCCAGCAAGCAGCGCGAAGGUGCGCAACCCGACUCGUGCCCCCAGGACGCGAGCCAGCCCUCCGGGGAGUACAACGCGCAGUACAAUGCCGCCGGCGGCGACUACUACAGCUACCAGGGCAAGGGCUAUAGCCAGCAGCAGAGCAAGCCGCGCCCCAACAAGACGCGCACGAGCGCCGAGGGUCGAGAGUGCGUGAACUGUGGAGCGACAAGUACGCCGCUGUGGCGACGCGACGGCACCGGACACUACCUCUGCAACGCGUGCGGACUCUACUACAAGAUGAACGGACAGAACAGGCCUCUAAUCAAGCCAAAGCGAAGAUUGGUGAGUUCACUGCAGAGCGCUGCGCGACGAGCGGGCACCUCGUGCGCCAACUGCAAGACUACCACAACGACACUGUGGAGACGCAACCAGAACGGCGAGCCAGUCUGCAACGCCUGCGGACUCUACUACAAACUACAUAAUGUAAACAGACCAUUGACGAUGAAGAAAGAAGGAAUUCAAACGCGAAAUCGCAAACUGAGCAGUAAGAGUAAAAAGAAGAAAGGGGGAAUGGGCAUGGGGGGCGGAGGAGCGUGUGCGCUCGCACUCGGAGGUGUCAUGGGAGACAUGAUAAAGCCGCUCGGAGAUGCCACUAAAGGUUUCGGCGGAUCAGCGUUUCCCUCCGCAAUGGACUUUGGUCAACACCAAGUGGGUCUGGUGCACCCGGCGGCGGCUCACAUGUCACAUUGGUACGGCGCGCCGCACCAGGGCUUCGCCCCGCCGCCCGCCUCACACAAUCCUUACCACCAUCAUCACCUCGCGCAGCUCAACUCUAUGACUGGCUGGAGGAGUGAGUACACGUGAUAAGUCAGUUGCAGAGCCCGACUUCGAAUGUAGACAGCUGAUGACGUCACCGCGAACCAUAGAGAGAACGAAGACAUCACAAAAUAGUUACUGUGAUUUCAAUUAGAGAUGAUUAAUUAACCGAAAGUAGUUCGUAUUAAUCACUGUAUGACCUUUGACACAUCACAUUAAUUUUAUAAGACUGUUAAAUGAAUUGAUGUUUAUAAAAAAACCCACACUCAAUGGUUUUUUCCGUUUAAUUUUACAGAAUUAAUAAAUUGUUGGCGCGGUUUUUUUUUUGUAUUCCGCGUUCGUUUGCAAGUAUUAUUUAAUAGCCUCGCGCAGAAGAUUUGCCGAUGAUUCCAACAAAUACCGCGCUCGUCUGUUUAUCGUAAGUAAAUGUGUGACGUCAUAACGUCAUCGGCAAAGCUUCUGACUAAAUAGGUGCGUUUUACAAUGAGAGUAACUAGCGAAAUUGUACAGUAUUAUAAUGUAAUUUAGGGUCGUUUAAUGUCCGUUUAGAUGAUUUAUAUAUAUACGAUAUAAGUAGGUAUUGUUAAAACGAAAAACAAUUUGUGUAUUUUGUAUAUAAACAUAUCUUAUUAAGUUAUAUACCGUUCCUGUAUAGAUUGUUUUAUUUUCUUUUUUUUUUUAUUUAAUAUCGAAAUAUGCGGAUCGCUAUGGGAAUUGUGAUGUGUUCAAAGAAUUAUUAUUCCACAGUGUUUUGUACAUUUGAUUUUUGUAGACUUUAUUAAAUGAAAUGCAAUAGUAAUUUAUAUAAUAGAUUAUAAAUGAUGCAAGUUGUAUAUAAUAUAUAUCUAAUCUGUGCGGAUUUUAUUUGAAGUUGCCGCUAAGAUAAUUUUUAAAACAGGUCACCCAAUUGGUUCCAAUUCCGAUCAAUUUUGUAAAGGUGCUUCUACACUAGGAGCAUUCGUCUUUAAUGACAUUUAAGAUUCGAAUUUAGAACAUUACGUUGCGUUACAAAAUUACAAAGUAUUACAGAUUUCAUCAUUAUAAGUUGGCCACUGUUACAGACGAAUGCUUCCAAUGUGGGAAUACAUUAAUCAGACGCAGUAAUAUUUUGUUUACCCUGUACCUUUUGUAAAUUUAAGAUAUUGUGUGGCCAUAAAUUGUAAACGGGGAGUCUGUUUGGGGAGGUGGUAACGUAUGCAGACAUGUACAUGGUUCUCAAAAUGUUUAUUACAUCCUCAAACAUAGCCUCGUAACACCGAUGUGUAUAUAAAAUGUAAAUGACCCGUAGAAAGUAAACGUAUUGAAAUAAAAUUGUAAAUUCACGCAGAACACCCUAUAACGAUAUCCCGUAACUAAAGUUUUUAGUUUUUAAAAAUGAAACAUUGUGAAGUUGUGUAUUUUAAAUAAAAU